ACGGGGAUCCCGGCGACACGCUGCCGCUUGUAGAAGCGAUUGGAGGCUCAGCACGGAGAAAAGCACCGAGUUGUGUUUCUUUUCUUUCUUUAGCUAAAUUAGCAUAAACUGUAGCGGGAUGCUAUAGAACAUGUAGGAAAACGCUUAUUUAUUUUUUUAUUUUUUAUUUUUUUUACUUUAUUGGAUUCAACUACACCAUUUUCACCCUGCGGUUUUCCAGUUAUAAGUGCUGUUUAUUCGGUAGCUAAUCAAGUGCGAACUUUUUGAAAACUUAAAUAAAGGACAGAAUACUCGUCUAAUAAGCCAACCUUUCAACGAAUUCCUAACUUUUUUAAAUCCUGGGAUAAUAUCACCAUGAGUGAACAGAGCAUCUGCCAGGCCAGGGCUGCCGUCAUGGUGUACGACGAUGCCAAUAAGAAGUGGGUCCCGGCCGGAGGCUCCACCGGCUUCAGCCGAGUGCACAUCUACCACCACACAGGGAACAACGCCUUCAGGGUGGUGGGCCGCAAGAUCCAGGACCACCAGGUGGUGAUAAACUGUGCCAUUCCCAAGGGGCUGAAGUACAACCAGGCCACGCAGACCUUCCACCAGUGGCGCGACGCCAGGCAGGUGUACGGCCUCAACUUCGGCAGCAAGGAGGACGCCAACGUGUUUGCCAGUGCCAUGAUGCAUGCCCUGGAGGUGCUCAACUCACUGGACACGGCACGGACCCAGGGUGCCCGGGGACCCCACGCCACCAUGCCUGCUCCGCGAUUGAGCCGCUUCCCCAUGCAGAGGGUCAGCCAGGCCAAAAUCAUCCUCCGGAGUCCCACACUGCCCAGAGCCCAGCAGGUCCAGAAUGGCCCGUCCCCUGAGGAACUGGACCUUCAGAGGAGGCAGCUGCAGGAGCUCCAGCGUCAGAAGGAGCAGGAGCGGGAGCGCUCGGAACGGGAGCGUCAGGACCGCGAGCGUCAGGAGCGGGAGCGCCAGGAGCAGGAACGCCUGGAGCGCGAGAUGCUGGAGCGGGAGCGUCAGGAGCGGGAGCGCUUGGAGCGCGAGCGUCAGGAGCGCGAGAACGCCGAGCGGGAACGCCAGGAGCGGCUGGAGCGGGAGCGUCAGGAGCAGGAGGACCUGGAGCGGGAGAGGCAGGAGCGGGAGCGGGAGCAGGCGGAGCGGGAGCUGGCCGAGCGGGAGCGUCAGGAGAGGGAGCAGCAGGAGCAGCUGGACCGCGAGCAGAUGGACUGGGAGCGAGGGAGGCGCAUCUCCAACGCCGCGUUUGAAAGCACCCUGUACAACCCCCCUCCUCCGGAGUACUCGAAGAGCUCCUCCUCCCCCAUAUCGCCGUCCACCCCCAACUUCGUUCCCGCCGCCCCCUCCCCAUCCACGCCCCCCACCCCGCCCCUGCGCCACUCGGCGUCCCGAUUCGCCACCUCCCUGGGCUCCGCCUUCCACCCGGUCCUCCCCCACUACGCCACCAUCCCCCGGCCCCUGAACAAGCACCCGCCGGCCCCUCCCCCGGCCCCGGCGCCGCCCCCCGCCCCGCCCUCCAAGUCCAUCGUCUGGUCGGCGACCACCUUCAGCCCCCUGCCGCCCUCCCCGCCCGUCAUGAUCAGCAGCCCCCCCGGGAAGGCCGCGGGGCCCCGCCCCGUCAUCGCCAUCCCCGCCCCCAGCCCGCUGUCCCAGAAGCCCCCUUCCCCGUCGCCCUGCGCCCCCAACGGGCCCCCGGAGUCCCCGCUGCCCCCCGUCCUGUCCCCGGCCCCGACCCCUCCCCCGCCGCCGCCCCCGCCCCCCCUGCCCCCCUUCUCCAUGUCGUUCCCCGCGGGCCCCCUCAUGUCCCCCCCCUCCUCCCUGCCCGGGGUGUUCCCCUCUCCCUUCACAGCUCCCCCUGCCUGCGCUGAGCCCUCUCUAGACUCCUCCUCCUACUCCUCCUCUUCUGCUCCAGGGUCCACCGCUCCUCCCGCCCAGCCGGAUGCACCGCAGGGACCUCCGGCACCGCCCCCCCCACCCCCACUCCCCCCCGGCUCCACUGUGACCCCCACCACCGCCGGGCCACCGCCUCCCCCUCCCCCGCCCCCUCUGCCUCCCUCCCUCACCCCCACGGGCCCACCUCCCCCUCCCUGCCCACCCCCUCCACCUCCUCCCCCGGGCCAGGCUCCUCCCGCCACCCCGCCCCCUCCGCCAGCCCCGCCCCUGCCCGCCGGGCUUCUGUCGCCGUCUCCGGGCCCCGAGGACAACCGCCCCCUCGCUGGCUUGGCCGCCGCCCUAGCUGGAGCCAAACUACGGAAAGUGUCAAGGAGCGAUGAGGCGCCGGCCGCGGCUGCUGGAGGGGCCGCCACCCCCACCGCCGCCAAGGGAAACGGCCCUCUCCCCGGGGGCGGGGGUCUGAUGGAGGAGAUGAGCGCCCUGCUGGCCAGGAGGAGAAGAAUUGCAGAGAAGGGAUCGUCCCCGGAACCAGAACAGAAGGACAAGCCAGAAGAGGCGGAGUGCACAACCCCUAAAGUCUCUGCAUGUAAUACACCAGACAUGCCCAGGAAGCCAUGGGAGCGGACGAACACGAUGAACGGUAGCAAAUCCCCAGUGAUCGGAAGACGGGACACCCCUUGGAGAACUCAGAUGGUUUCUGAUCCAUUGAGCAGACCGAAGUCCACGCCCACACCGACCGGAUCCCUAAGUGCCAACGGGGUGGCAGCGGAAGGUCUCGACUACGACCGGUUGAAACAGGAUAUUUUAGAUGAAAUGCGGAAGGAGCUUACAAAGCUAAAAGAAGAGCUAAUCGAUGCAAUCAGGGAGGAACUGGGCAAGUCCAACACCGCGUAGGACACGAGCUCCCUGUCCAUCAGCCCCUGGCCUGACAACUCAAGGUUGACUUCAGUCAUGACAAUAUUUUAAAAAAGAAAUGAAAAUGGUGGGAAAAAACGACAAAAAAGUUUAAAAGGCGCGGCGAUGAUGAUGAUGAUGAUGAUAAUAAUAAUCCUAUUAAUAAAGAAGACGUCGCGUUUGCGACUGGCGGAGCAGUGUCGGAAACGCAAGGCAAGUCUGGGGAGGAGCCAUGUAGCACCUGGGACCUUCUCCUCUUUUAGAAGCCCAACGCUCCGAUUAUUCCCCAGGACUUUUCCCAGAGCGCAGGACACAGUCUUAAAAGAGGAGCGACUGUAAUUAUGCAAAGAUGACUUUCUUUGUUCAUAACACAAGAAAAUCAAGGAAAAAUAAUUUAACAAUAACAACGAAAAACAAUAUGAAUACAAAAAAAAUAAACAAGGUAAUGAAAUAUAUUACUGUAUUAAUCAUCACAGUGUGAUAUUGAGCAGACGGAUGAAACGAUCGCGCUGAGAUAUGAACGGUUGGCGGUACACUUGUGAAGUGGUGGCGAGAGGCGCGUUGAGAAGGUUUGCGUUGGAUGGAUGGCUGAGGGAGGCAGAGAGCGGGAGGAAGUGGGGGGGGCUCAGUUUCUUUGGGCCGUGCAGAAGAGCUUUCCACCCGGAUGAAGGACGAAUGGACUAGCUAAAGUCUACAGCUGCAGGACUCUGUAAAGCUUGUCUUCCUGAAAUACUCUUUUACCUGAAUAUGUACAUUUAAAAAAAGAAAAAAAAAAGAAAAAAAAAGGAUAUCUGCAAGUUGUUUCUUCAUGUCUGUUAUAAUGUAUGGCCAUAUCAGGUAGCCUAAUGGAAUCAUCAUGGGAUGGCCAUUCUCUUGGUACUUUUUUUGGCGUAAUACCCUGAACACAUUUAUUCUUUGGUUUUGGUCUCUCCCCCCCCCUCACCCCAGUGAUGAAGGCUCAGAAGGUGAUCUGCACUGAGCCCGUUUAUGGCAUUUAUUUUUAGUGUUUGCGUGUUAUGGAUUGGUGGGACAGUCACAUGAAGAAAUGCCUUCCUACCGUACAUCAUUGUAGCUCUCUACCAAAAUCUGACUCCUCCCUCAUUGAAAUCAGUGGUCAGUGUUUCAUAUCGCCAAGACCGGAUCUGUAGAUAGAAACCUUUGAAAACUUAUUUUUUUCCUCAUUAUUUCGAUUUGAUUUGACUCUACUUUUUUAUUUCUGUUGAAUUUAGUGCAUGUCAGAUUUUGUAACGGUUAAGGUCACAUAGCUGCCACGAAAUUAAUUAUUGUCUGUCAGUGUAUAAGCAAUAAGUGUAACAUCACCAUUUAGUUGCCUUUUUUUUUUCUUUUUUUUUUUAAGAGGUCUUUGUGGCCCUCUUUUUUGUUUUGUUUGUUCUCCCCCCCCACACACACACACACUCUCCCCCUCCCCUCAAAAUAUAGUGGAGAAUGCUUGACUGGCGUUUCUCAGUAGCCACGUGAUGAUCACAAUCAAAUUUUGAUAGGUGAGGUAACUUCGGGGAGGGAUGUGAGAGUGUCAUAGCCAUAAUUCGUCAUCGAUUUACUGAGUUUACUGAAACGGUUUGUUUCUCCAUCCUCAUAUAGUAGACACCUUUUAAUUUUGGGCUCUAUAAUGCUUCGAUCAGCUUGGCAUUACAUGCUGUAUCCUGUUACAUAGUGUCACUUGGCCUUGAAAUUGUCGCUUUGGAUAACAGGGCAAAAGAAGGCUCACUCUGAGGUACUGGCCACGUCGGAUAACGGAUCUUAUUCCUUUGAUGCCCAAACGUAUGAAACAGUCAACAUGACAAUUCUACAGACACAUUCGUGCCAUCAACAAAAUGUUUUCUCUUGUGGUUAGUGAUUAUAAUAUCUAUUUAUGUUAUGUAAUUUUGUUUGCCUUCAUUUUCAUUUUUCACAAUAAAUGUUCUAGGCCAUUUUUGCUUCUCGACAGGGCUCGAGCAUCCCUAAGUGAGAACAACUAUUUUACACCACCAGACCUAAAGCAACACUCCAGACACUGGAAAACGUAAUUUCCUAAAGGAAGGUAUUUUGAAGUGUAACAAUUCUCUCAUCCUACCAUCUCGGUGUAAAACUGACAAGAACUCCAUAGACACUGAUAUCUAAAUAACAAUGUUUAAAUUUGUGUUUUAAGAUAAUAUUGUUGGGGAUAUACAAAUGAGGGGUUUUAACAUGGGUGGGUAAUAUCUUACGUUUCCUCAAAAUCUUUCUCAUGAGGUUUCUUUUUUCUGGAAAAUGACAUUUUAAAAACGUAUCUGCACACUUAUGUCUUUGGUAAAGGGUUGUGUUGGAGAUUGGAGAGACUGGAAGGUGGUUUCACACAUCUCACCCUUUAUAUACGUUACCGUUGCGGUUUUCUCUAUCACUCAAGCGCCAUCUCUCUGGAUCAAAACAUUUGGGGAGCUUGUACGAGUGUUUACAGCAUCGAUUGCACUUUAAAACCCCAUUGAAAUUCAUAUUAUGGCAAAAUGCAGCCAUUGCCCAACAAUGUGGCAAUCUCACCAAAGUUUUCAACCAUGAUAUCAUCCUAAAAAUGUCAUUCUCUUUCUAGGCUUUCUUUGCUCAGUCACUGUCAAGAGAAAGAAAAUAUAUUACAUUUUAUGAUUUGGUAGGUUAAGUAUUUUGAUCAAGGUGAAAACAUUAUACAUAGAUAAAUCUGUUUGUAUCUUCAUGGUUUGUGCCUUGUUCUGAAGUUGCAUUUAACAUGUCAAAGAUUAAAAUAACUAGUAAUAACAGUAGAAGCUGUCAUAACCUCAAACAUGAUGGGUUUUUUUUUGUUUUGUUAUAGUUCUUUCAAAGGGAGAUUUGAGGUUGAUACUUUAGAAUACAUUUGCAUUCAUAUUUUUACUUCAUGCCAUUUGUAAUGAUGUUGCUGUAAGAUUCGUGUCACAGUGUGAGAUUGUGGGUUUUUGGGAAAUCUAAAAUCUCUGAAAUUUUCUGCAGUGAAUCAGUUGAAUGUUGAAAUGAAACUGCUGGUUGUGAACUCCUGUCCCCAUAAAGAGGACUGUGUGAGACCUGCACAGGCUGAAACUUGUCUACUGUUCACGCACUGGCUGGAAGUAUUCAACUGACAGUUUCUGAAAUUCAUGAUUAAUCAGCUUCCUUAUUUUAUAUUCUUUUAUCAUUCACAUUGUACCAUACCGUUCUCAUGUUACAUUUAGAAUUUUUGUUACAUGUUAACAUUGUUUUGUUUGAGCAAAUGAAAUAAAAUUGCAAUACAUUA